AUGAGCGCCUCUUUCAUCGAAUCCAGCUCAGUUGAAUCUGUCGAGUCGGCAGCUGCGAAAGUGGCUCAACACAUUGAUUCGAUGGCAGAUUCUUCUGAUAUUUUUGAUCGUCUAACACAAUCAGGAACAACACCAGUCUCGGGUCUCGGAGAGAAGUUUUAUAUCAAAGGAUCGCCCGAAUUUGUCACAAGUAGAAAAAUUCCAAUCCCCGGAGAGCUUCAGAUUCAAAUGAAUAGUGAGUUUUUUUUAUUGAUCUUGGAAAAAAUUGAAUAUUUUCAGACAUCCACAGCGAAUUCAGUAUGGGAUUAUUUACACAAAUCAGUCGAGCUUGGGUUGUCAUCGAUACAAAUUUAUAUAUGUGGAAUUAUGAGACAAAUGAUGAUUUAGCCUAUUUUGAUUCGGCCGAUGCUUCGAUUUACAAAGUUGCUUUAGUCAAUAUGAAACCAGGGGUUUUUGAGCCACAAAUUAAAUAUGGAUUGAUUGUUGGAACUGUGAGCGACAUCUCACUUUAUCCGAUUUUUGAAACAGCGGAUUCUUCAAUUUCCAUUGAUACCAAUCGAUUUUUCCGGGUAAAAAGAAGAUUUCUGACGGAAAUAUUAGUUCCAAUAUAUUUUUCUGAAAUUUCAGAUAAGUCUUGAUGGCGCAAUCAUUCAUGAUAUUGUUCAUACAAAUAUCGGACGAGUAUUCUAUACAGCAAAUGACAAAUUAUUCGAAUUCCACUACGAAAAACAAAUCGGCUGGUUUGGUGCAAGUCACAAAUGCAAAAGUGUCAAUCAAAGUGCAUCGAUUCUCGGAACUCUUAUACCUCUUCCAUUUUUUGGGAACACAAAAGAAGUUUUGGAGCAAGUAACCGUCGAUAAAUCCAGAAAUAUUCUCUAUUGUUUGGGAAAACUUGGCUCAAUUAUUGUCUUUGAUUUGGGCGAAGAUGGACAAGCUUGUCAGAAGAUUUGCAGUGUUCCCGCGUCAAAAAUCGCGCAUGAAGCACAUUUGCUAACACAAUUUGGACAUGAUGAAUCGACUUUCACACAUAUCACUUCUAUCAAAGCGCUCGAAGCACAUCAAUCAUCGCAAUUGAAUCUUGUGGCAACAACUGUGAAAGGUGUUCGCAUGUAUUUGUCGGUUUUGUCGAGAAAUUUGAAUAAUACUGGAGGAUUUAUGGGCGGUUAUCAGAAUACAAAUAAUGCACAAAGAGCACAACAGCAAAAUGUUGUGUCAAGAGUAAGUGAAUUUUUGAAUAAGACGAAAAACUAAUAAAUGAAAAGGGAGAAGAUGCGCGCAUUUUGCAGCUGGGCAGAGAAGGAAUUAUGGGUUUUUUUUGUUGGUGGAGAAAAAACGGAACGAUUUGGUACGAAAAAAAAAUGAAAUAUAGAAAGGGGACCAAAAAACGUAGUUUGUGAAUUGUUAUUAGCUAAAAUCUGAAAAUUAGUUAUGACGUGGCACAAUUUCGAAACUUUGUGAACUCUAAAAUGUUAUUCUGAACAAGGUUGUACUCGUUUUUCUGAAACUUACCAAGUCGACCGGGAUAAUCACUAUUCUGAAGUCAAAAACCGCCAGAAACCCCUAUGAGAACUUUUCUGGAGUUCUAAAUUUAGAAUUUAGUUUUUUUGGAUUUUCAACUUAAAAAUCCUUUUUUCUAAGAUUCAAAGAACUAAAUUCCAACCUCGAGAAAUGUUCUCACAGGGGUUUCUAACCCCGGAUCUAAAUAACUUUCUAUUUUUUUUCCAGUAUCAUUUACAAUCCGAAGUGCGACCUCAAUGCCUCCGCGUUGCUCAUGUCAGAUUUGCACCCGGAAUCACACCAACCAGUAUUUAUGGUGAUGGCCCAGCUGGUGUUUCUGUUGUCUAUGCAGAUGAGACUAUUUGCGCAAUGGCGACCGCUGAUCGAAAUGUGGUUUUUGCUUUUUCGAAUCUCAUGUAUCCUUCUUCAAGUCUUUUUGUCGAAUCUGCCACCGAAUGUGAAGUUUCGGGACAUGUUUGGGAAAUUGAAGCGGUGAAGAAUGUGGUAUGUUUUUGUUUUUUGUUAUUGAAAGGUCCCCAGAAAAUAAGAUUAUUUAUAGUUUGUAAAACCUCGUGCACCACCCGCUGGAGUUGUCGAAAAAGUCGCAUCUCAUUCGUAUUAUCAAUCUCAACUCGAAGACAAUCUACGAUUAUUGGUUUGCUCCAACGAGGGUAUUUUCGAAUUUCAACAAAUCACAGCAGUUGACGCACUUCGCGACGCGUUGUAUAAUGGAGGAGUCGAGGGAAAAGCGACAGUUCAAUUGUGGCAAAAGAUUGGCUCGACCGAAAUGCUCAUUUUGGCGUUUAGGAUUUUGACGAGCGACGCACCGAUUGAUGAGCGAAUCAAAUCGAAAGCCGAACAGAUUUUGUAUAGUUUGAAAGAGGCGCCGGAAAUUGUGGAAAAUGAUCGAUUGAUGGCUGAUGCGUCGGUUUGGUCGCCCAAUGAAAGUAGUAUUGCUGAUUGGACACAUCGAAUGAAAAGUUGGUUUUUUUUUAAAUUUAUUGGGGGAAGGGUAAAGGGGGGGGUUGUUAUCUGAAAACGGUGAAAAAUACAAACCUUUAAAAAAUCCAGAAAAAAAUAGGUUCCAAAAUUUUCCUUUAAAUGUUAUUAUCAUAUUUUUGUGGUGAUGUUCGGAUAGAUUUCUCUCGUGAAAACAUAAUAUGCAAUUUAUGGGAAAAACUUGAAAGGAAAAUUUUCAACUCACUUUUUUCUGCAAUUUUUCAUCUGAAAAUGAAAAGAAAAAAAUCGUUCCAUAAUGAAUUUUUUCAUUUUUCUUUAAAUUUUCAAUUUUUUUUUCUAAAUCUGAAAUCUGGCGCGAAAAGUUUGGGAUUGUUGGGCUUAAAAUUUCGACACAAGUGAAUUUUUUAACAAAAAUCAUUUUUUUGGCCAAUGUUUGAUCAAUUUUUGGUCACUUCACUGUUUUUGCCAAAUUUUGAUCAAUUUUUGGUCAUAAAUUGGCUUAAAAAAUUCCAAAAUUUUCAAAUUUGAAGAGCUCUACCUUAAAGCCUUUAAAAACCCCCUAAAUUUAACCACUCCAUCAAAAUUCUCAAUUUUUAAGCCAACAUUUGACCAAUUUCUGAUCAAUUCAUUGUUUUGGCCAAUUUUUGGUCAGAAAUUGGCUAAAAAAUCGCAAAAUUUUGCAAAUUUCCCUUAAAGCCUUCAAAAUUCUCGAUUUUUCCAGCACCAUUGUUGUCAUCAACUCCUCGACUUCAAGAUACAUUGCCAAAUGUCUACAACUCGCCAUUUUCUCCGAUUUGUAAGCUGUUAUUUUCCCCCCAACCUUAUCCCAUUGUUUUUCCAGUAAAUACAUCGAUAGCAACCGGUGCAACAAAUCUUCGAAUGUCUCCGUCUCGCCGCCACGACGCACUCUUCUAUUAUUUCUCGCGAAUCGUUUCGCCAAUUUGGAAUGAUACAAUUUGCGAGGUUUUGAUGGGCAAAAGUCUGCGAAUCACUUUCGAACCAGAUCGGAUAUUGUUUUUGCGAAAUGAGCUGUUGAAAUUGGGUCGAAUCAUGGAUGAAUAUCGAUUGGUGCCAAAUGUGGAUUUUGGUGGAUAUGCGAAUAAUAUGAGCGAUAAAUUGAAUGCGGAAGCGACAUCGCUCGAAAGAAAAUCGCUGGUUGGAUUGCGAAAAUUGGUUGAUUCGACGAUUGAAACUGUCUCAUUGUGGAUUUUGGCCAAUGAAUAUAAUUUGAGCGCGAUUUCGGCGGGAAUGAAUCCGGCGAUUUUGCCGACUUUUGCUUCGAGAAAAUUGGCGCUUUUAGUGUCGGAUGGAAGCAAUUUGAAUGCGGAAUUGAUUCGAGCUAUGAUUAAGUGAGGGUUUUUGGGAGUUUUGGGGGAAAAUACAUGUAUUAAGCUCAAAAUAUCAAGAAAUCUUCUUUCUGUUGAAAUUCUGAAACUCUAAAAAAUUUAGGUUGAAACGGAAUUUGAAUUUAAAAUUUUCUUUUUUUUUUGUAAAAAUUGAGGAAAAUGGCGAAAAUUAGAUAAAAAAUUAAAAUUUUCUGAAAAAAUUCCCGAAAUCUCAUAAUCUUUGUCAAAAAAAAAUCAUUGAAAAAAAUUAUUUGUCAUAUGAUUUUCAGCGCUAGAAAUCAGAAUUUUGAACCAAGUUUACUAGAAAAGCAAAUUUUCAAACCCAAAUUUAAAAAAUUCUCAAUUUCAGUAUUUUUAUUCGUUUUCAGGGUGAAAACGAAAAAAUCUGAAAAUCAACCAGAAAAUUCUUUCAGAUUUUUCCUUGGAGAUGAAGCUGGAACUAAACAUCUAUCCGAAAAUCUACGUGAAAAAUGUCCAAAUCUAUAUUCGGAAGAUGACGCUUGUGUAACAUAUGCAAUGGAACAAUUAGAAUCGGCGAGAAAAUUGGGAAUCGGAGCGGCUCGAAGAAAGCUCGUUCAAUCUGCCGUCGAAAUGUUCAAACAAUCGAUCGGAAAAGUUGUGCUAACUCAAACAUGUCAACAAUUGAUUGAAUCGGUUGGAGCAUUCGAAGAAGUUGUGGAAUUGUGUCUACUUCGAGCGAAUAAAGAUGAUCCGAAACAAUUGGCAUUGUUGGCUUAUAAACAUGGAAGAAAUGGAGCAGAUUUGGAGAUGAGAGCGGCCGAAAAGAAGAGGAAUGAUUGUUAUAAGUUGGUGUUUUCUUUGAAGGGAGGGGGGGGAUUUAAAAGAGAGCACGAAAAUAUUGAAAAUUUUUAAAAUUUUUAAUUUUAUUGCUGAAAAAACUCAAAAAAAUUCGACAAAAAUUCUAAAAAAAAAUAAUCAUUUUCAACUGGUUUUUAAAUCUAGAAUAAUUUCAUGAAACAUUGAAAAAAUGCCCAUUGUCCUAAACAUUGCUCAUAUUAGGAACUUUUUUUGAAAUUAAAAAUUUGAAAGAAGUUCGGGGAAUUGUUGAAAAUCUAGAAUCAUUUCAUGAAAUUUUUUUGGAAAAAUCACUUUUUCUCUAAAUUGCUCAUGUUAGGAGCUUAUUUUUAAAAUUUAAUAUCUCGAAAGAAGUUCAGGAAAUUGUUGAAAAUCCAGGAUUUUUUGGAAAAAUCACUUUUUUCUAUACAUUGGCGAAAAAAGGGAGGCCAGAAAUUCAAAAUCCCAAUUUCCUGGUAUUCCUCUGCGUCACUAACACCGCCACCCCAUUGGGCAGAGAAACAAAGUCAAAGACGCAUGUGGGUCUUGCAGCGAAUUUGAAUUUUUAGUCCAAAUUUUUUAAUUCCCAUUUUUUAAGUUUAAAAUCCACGUGUUAGUGUUGAAUGACUCAAAUCAACACAUUUUGACCUAACUACGCUCUCUAGGCGCGGGCCCUAGACGAUGAGUUUCUCUAGGCGCGGCUACUUGACAAAGAAGAUGGCAAGGCGUCGUACCUAGUCAUUCAGAUGAUAAUUUUUCAGAGUAAUCACCGAUGAACUUGAUAAACUUGAAGAACAAUCAACAACAGAUGUUCAACGAGAUUCGGCAAUGAAUCGAGAUUUGAUGAUAAAUGCCGUAAUUCAAUCCGAAGAUCAACUCGCACAUGCCGCAGUUUUCCGUUGGCUUCUCACGAAAAACAAAACGAACGCAAUUCUCCAAUCGAAAUCACCGCAUGUCGAAUUCUUCCUGCUGCAAGAAAUCAAUUCGGGACGUGGACAAAAGUAUUUUGAUCUUUUAUGGAGGUUCUAUGAGAAGAGUGGAAAUUAUGACAAAGCUGCUAGAUUGUUGAGCAAAUUGGCUGAGAAUGACAAUUGGCAAUUGGGAUUGGCGCAACGUUGCGCCUAUUUGUCGCAUGCGAUUUUGUGCGCGAAAUCUUGUAAAGAUCCGACGAUUACGGAAAAUGUGGAUGAAUUGAGAGAUCGAUUAGAAGUUGCCAAUAUUCAGAUGAGAAUUAAGUUAGUUUUGGGAAAUCUGGGCGGGAAAUUGAGCUAGAAAUUAGAGAAAUAUGAACUUUUGGGUCUGAAAUUAUUCUGAAAAUUUGAUUUUAAUUAUGAGACUUGAAUUACAAGAAUCUCAAUUUAAAGUGAAAAUUUAUGUUUUUCCCCUUAACAUGAGCAAUGUACAGAAAUUCUGUCCCAAAUCCUAUGAGGAUUAAGUUAGUUUUGGGAAGCCUGGGGAAAAAUUUAACUUAAAAUCUGAAAAAUAAUGAUUUUUGCUAAAUGUGACCAGUUUUUGCUGGCAUUUUUUUUGUUUCUGAAAAAUCUUUUUUUUUCUGUUUCUGAAAAAUCAAUUUUUGAUUGAAAAGUUGGCUGAAAUUGAGAAAACUUUAAAAAAUUUCCGAAUUCAAAUUUUUAUUGAAUCUGAAAAAGCAGAAUUUUCAGAGAUUUAGAGAAAAAAUUCUGAAAAUCCAAAAAAAUUAAUAUAUUUUUUGUUGGUGGGUAUUUUGUAAUCCACUGAUAAACAUAUAAAAAUUCAGCUGCCAAACCCUCUGAGCACAAGAAAAUUUUGAAAAUCGAAACAAUUUCUGGAAGUUCAGCUGAAGUCUGAAAUUAUUCUGAAAAUUUGGUCCUAAUUAUGAAAGCUCUAAGAACUUGAAUUACAAGAAUUCAAUCAUUGAUUGAGUUUUUCAAUGUGGAAAAUUAUGUGUGUUUCGCUUAACAUGAGCAAUGUACAGAAAUUCUGCUUUUUUCCCAAAAAUCCCAUUUUUUUCAGAGAAGCUCUUGAUGUUCCUACUCCAAGAGGACAAUCGUUGGUCAAAGAAUUGGAUGGACAAAUUUUGUCGCUCACAGAUUUGCUGUUGAAAUAUGUGGUAACUAUUCGCCCUCCCCCUUUCCAAGCCCCCUCAAUUUUCCAAUUUCUCCCAGGUUCCUUUCAAAUUGCACAAAAUCAAAUUGGCUUUGUUCCAUUGUGCGAAUAUGUAUGUGGAAGAGCAUAUUUUUGAGACUUGGGAAGCUGUUCUUCAGGAUGGUGAGAUUUCUCUUUAUAUUCCGCCUAAAAUGUGCAUUUUUGCAGAAUUUAUGACAGCUCCAAAUGAGGCGACACUGUGUGAAAAUUUGCUGGUUACGGUUGAACAAUUGUUUGCGGUGUUUGGAAAGACGAAAUAUUUUCCGUUGGGUUGGUGGAUUUUUGGGAGUUUUUUUUGAAUAUUUUAAAUUUUUAAACUGGAAUUCUGGUUCAAAAACGUUCAGCGCCCAAAAAAAAACAAUUUUUUAACUUGAAAUUUCCAAAAAUAUCAUCAUUUUUGAUUUUGAGAAAUUUUCAUUUCAGAAUUUUUACUCACAAAUCACCAGAAAUUUAUGAUUUUUGAGAGAAAUUACUUGGAAAAUGUCAAUUUUACAAAUUUUAAUGAAAAACCUUGUAAUUUUUCAGAAAAAAUCAUUAUUUUUGAAAUUUAAAGGAACAUACAGUAAUCCAACUUUAUCAAAUUUUUGAAUGAAAAUUCAGAAAUGAAAAAAAUCUUCAAAUUUUUUCUUCAAAAAAAUACGUUUCAAAAUUUUUAUGAAAGAAAAAUCUGAAAAUCAAAUUUGUUAAUUCAAUCAUUCUUCAUACAACCAAAUUUUCUUGAGAAAUUGAAAAAUCCAACUUUCCAAUUAAAAAAAUGGUAAUCGUUGAAAUUUAAAGGAGCAUACAGUAAUCCAACUUUAUCAAAUUUUUUGAAUGAAAAUUCAGAAAUGAAAAAAUCUUCAAAUUUUUUCUUCAAAAAAAUACGUUUCAAAAUUUUUUUGAAAGAAAAUUGUGAAAAUCAAAAUUGUUAAAUAUCUUAUUAAUUUCAAACAACCACAUUUUCUUGCGAAAUUGAUAAAUUAAAUUUUCUCCAAUGAAAAAAUGGUAAUCGUUGAAAUUUAAAGGAGCAUACAGUAAGCCAACUUUUUCAAAUUUUUAUUGAAAAUUCAGAAAUGAAAAAAAUCUUCAAAUUUUUUUCUUUAAAAAAAUACGUUUCAAAUUUUUUUUAUGAAAGAAAAUUCUGAAAAUCAAAAUUGUUAAGAUUUUCCAUCAUUUUUCAUACAACCACAUUUUUUUUGCGAAAUUGAAAAAUCCAUAUUUCUGUCUGAAUUUCACCCCUUCCUAAUUGUUUUUUUUCUUGCAGACUUUAUUAUUCGACGAAUUUUGGAGAUUGGAUCUGGCGGAAUCAAUGAAAAUCAACGAGUCACUCUGCCACCCAAUUUCUAUCCGAAAUUAUGUUCGAGAAUCGAUUUGGCCGAUGUGGAAUUUUUGAAAAUGGCAUCUGAUGAAUUUAGAACUGGCGGCGAUGUUUGGUGGACACAAAAUGAGCGAGGACAAGAAUAUAUCACAAAAGUUGUGUUGAGAGUCGCCAAAAAUGUUGUGAGAGAUUUGGAAAGUGUUCCGGCUGUUAACAGGUUUGUUUCAGUUUUUUUUUCAAUUUCUAAAAAUUUGAUUAAAAUUCCCCACUAAAAAUUGUGUAGAUAAAUUGAAAUUUGACAGGCAUUUGAGACGAUAUCAGCAAUUGUGAGUUUUUUAAAAUGUUGUGAUGUGAAACCUUUGUUAAAAAAUAUUGCUCAUGUUAAAGAGGAAAUUCACCUUCAAAUUUGAAUUUUCGACAAAAAAAUUUGAAUAAAAUUAUCAUUUUGAAAAGUGCAAACUGGUUUUUAAAUCCAGAUUUUACGAAACUUUGAAAAUUUAAGGAAAAGCAUUUUUCCUAUACAUUGCUCAUGUUAAGAGCUUAUUUUUAAAAUUCGAAAGAAGGUUAGGGAAUUUUCGAAAAAAAAUCAUAUUUUGAGAAUUUUGAAGAAAAUCCCUCAACCAAUAGAUUGCUCAUGUUAAAAGCACAAAAAACCUCAUUUUACAAUAGGGUUUUUUCCACCCAAAAAAUCGCUUUUUGUGAGUUUCAACGAGAAACUUUCAUUUUCCUAGCCUAACAAGGGAACCUUUUUUACUCAACACUUCAAAUCAUGAUGAAAUUUGGUCCAUGGACAGCUUUUGGGACCAUAAGAACACCCUAAAAUUUUUAGUCUCCCAAUGGACCUCUGAGCCAUGUUCUGGGCUCUCAAAAACUCAAAAAAGGCCUAAAAAUGGUCAUAAAAGGCAUCAUAGCUUCAUUUCAAAUUUUUUUUUGGGAGAAAUGAAGUUUCAGAUAAUGAUCAGCAUAGUCGAUUACCUAAAAGUCAAUCAAUAAAAAACUUUAUUUCGAAAAAUUUUGAAGUUUUUUAUUUUUCGGCUGAAAAUUCAUGAAAAUUCAUAUGUUUCUUUUCUGCUCAUUCUUUUUUUUCAAAAUCAAAAAUUUUUCCGAAAAUUUGAUUUAUUGAUGGUUUUUGGGUAAAUCGACCACGCUGAUCAUCAUCUGCUACUCAGUUUUUCAUAAAAUUGAUCGAGAAUUGAGUUAUGACGUGUUUUAUGAGCCAAUUUCGGCAAUUUUUGAACUUUUGAGAGCCCAGAACUUGGCUCAGAGGUCCAUUGGGAGACUAAAAUUUCUAGGGUGUUCUUAUGAUCCCAAAAGCUGUCCAUGGACCAAAUUUCAUCAUGAUUUGAAGUGUUGAGUAAAAAAGGUUCCCUUGUAAAAUCACACUUUCCUCUGUUUUCAUCCCCUUCCUCCCCUCAAAAAAUCGAUUUUUUCACAGACGUUCAAUAUCUCGUGAUUGUCUAACCCACAUUCUUCCAUUCAUCCGUCGAUCUUGCGAUGUUUCAUCAUCAACAAAUCUUCAAACUCUUGGCUCCGAACUCACUUCAAUUCAACACCGUCUUUCAGAAUUCUCUAAUUAA